AGGCCGUGCUGCCACGUGCCACCAACCCCCACCACUCGUCACGGUUAACGGUGGCCCUGAACGGCACCCACCGUGACAUGCAGGUCGACUACACUCGCCGCUGUUGACGCGUACGCGUGGAAGAGGACGCAUUCAUCCAGCAGUGGAUUGCGUGGUCUGUGCACGGAGUGGGAACACGUGCAGGGGACUCGAGCAGAUCAUCUCUUGGGGGUUCUUUCGCUUCAUGGAAUCUAUGAAUUUACUGAAGGCAGAGAGAUAUCUUACGGGAUGACAACACGCCAUCCCAUAUCAAGCAAGAUCAGGGUUUUAAACCAGCAAAGGCUCCGCUGGUUCACCCAGUCAACCUGUGUCUGUGGAACACCAGCAGGAACAAUGGGGAAAUCACAAAAGAAACCUCAAUCAAAGCGAUCAACCUCUGGCAAAUCACCUGCGAAAAGGAAGAGAAAACAGCAUGGCAAGGAGGCAGGGGGUGGACCAGCUCCAUCAAGGCCAAAGAGUGCACUCAUUUAUGACCAACAGACGGAUCUCGAGGAGAGGAUGGCUGCUUUUCAGAGCCAAACAUUGCGUGAUGACACCCAGGACUUCAUGAGCGUGGGGAAUUAUAAAAACCUGGAGAUGAAUUACACUCAUACUCGCCUGGCUGCUUCCAAGCUCAUCUGCCACUUCCGGCUUCCAGUAGACAUUCGCGGUCUGGAAGGCAUAACUCCACGGCAGUACCUACUGCAUUACUGCACCGUAGACCGGAGAAGACGCAAUCACUAUCAAUGCAUUUUCAUCCAAAUGCACCUGGAUAAACAUGGAUUCAUCUCCUACAAGGAUUGUCAACAGGCUCUCAGCAAGGUGCAUGGCAACACAGUCGGAGCUGCUCAAAUCAACACCGUCCUUGACAUCGUCGGCGCUGACAACAACAGCAAGUUUGAUUUGCACCUCUUCAGUGCCCUCUGUGCCCUCUCCGAGAGGAUGCUCUACCACGUCUUUGUGACAGAAGAGGAUGACCACACUGGGCGUGGGAAGAGAGAUGCACUGGAGGAGGCUGACUUCUACCUACUGGACAUGAAGCUACAAGGAUGUAACAUCUCUCAAGAAAUGAAAAAGCUCUUCAGCGUUCUCUAAGAUAGCCAUCUCACUCCUGUCACUACACUGCCCCCCCUCCCGCCACCAUGUCCACACCAGCAAUAUAAGUAAAAAUCAGUUUGUUUAAAUAUCACCUCCGUUUGUUGCAUCCAUUACAUAUAGUUUAAGGGUUUUAAAUAGGAUUUAAUCAGGUAAGGAAGUGUUACACGUGUUAUUAUAUAAAAAGAUAAUGCCCGUAUUCUUCCAUCAUUUUAAUUUCCACAGGAACAAUUGUUGCUGAUUGAGACACAAAAACUUAUAAUAACAAAAUCAAUUGGAAGCUGUCUUAAGGGCGUGAUGUAUUGUUGGAGGGGGAGCGGUAAUGUUGUGGUUAGCACACUGCGCUACGAACCCGGAAAUCUGAGUUUUGAGCCCCGCUCACAAUCGAUAACAGUGGCGAAUAUUUAAGUCGACUCAGCCUUCAAUGAGUAUAUGGUGCAGUGUGUAAACAUGAGUAUAUGGUGCAGUGUGUAAACAUGACUAUAUGGUGCAGUGUGUAAGCACUGGGGAGACAAACACAGCCAGGCAUGGUAUUGGCCACCCACUCAACUCAUGUGCCAUGCCGGACUUCAUAGGUUCUCGCUAACAGCAUUUGCCCCAACAGCAUGUUAACGUCUAUAUGGGGAAUCGGUCUUUGACAUUCAUUUAAAACAGCAACUGCCGUUUGUUACUAAGUGGCGGUGACAUAACCACGGCGGUUGUGCCAGGCAAGGUGCACUUUGAGGCCACGUGCAGUGUGGAAGGCUCGUUGCGAACAGGUCACGGGACAAACCCAGGUGUUAUGGGUUGACUGAGAUGACUGGCAGAUGUACCACCUGCAUUCCCCACUGUGCCACCUUGAUGCCUUUUAGCCGCCUGGCACUCCGCUCGCUCUUUCUGGAGGGGAACUGCCUCCUCCUGCCCAGUAGGAUCCUUCAUGUGCCUCCUCCACAUAGGCCGAUCUUGACACCACUCAGCUCCACAUCCUUCUGAACCAGGUCUUGUUGGAAUUCCCUACACCUCUGCUGUAGCAGACGGACAGAAAGUAUGGCAUCUGUGCAGGACCGCCCUUUCCUGAAACCGCAUUGGAGCUGCGCAAGCCUCUCCUCAGCGUGCCUGGUAAGGCGAUGUUGAAUAAUAUAAUCAUUUCCAGGACCUUUUCACAUACAACACAUACUCAUACACAUACAAUUAUAUAUAGUUUCCAAAUUUCGACAAGGAUUCAGAUGUGUACACACGUACGUGUCCAAAUGAACACACUCAAAACGUAAUAGCCUAAUUAGUUAUUUCGCUGGAUCCAAAAUCAUAUUUAAGCCAAAUCUUCCAGAAUCAUAUCGGCCAAAACAGCCAACGCUUGCCCCUUGAUCAAAAAGCUAACCACACUCUGGACAACGUUCUCAGAUCUGAGGCAGCUUGUAUUAUAGAUCAGCCUCUUUACUUUCAUUCAAAGGCAUUUUCUGCGAUAUAAUCCAUCACGUUGUCGUAAGUACAAUGGGUGAAAAUGUUAUCUGCCUGAUAAGUUAUAAUUUAUAAUUAUAAGUAGAAUUACUGUAUAACUAUUGAUUAAUAAUGUGAAAAUUUAGAAUUUGUAAUAUCAGGUAUUGUUACACCAUUGAUCUCAGAAAUAAGAUUGCUUUCACUGAUGUAAGACAGUACUGUAUAUAUGUUUCGUACAAUAAUGAACACAAAGCCAAUAUAAAACAAUAAAAAAACGUACAUGUCAACCAUAUCAUCAUCAUGUGUGUUGGUGGAAAAUGUGAUUUCUGCACUUUUGUUAGUGGGGACGGUGCAAUAUAAUGACCAGGCUUUCAGGCAGCCAUGUAUAAAAGUGUAUCCUUUGACAACAGCAGCCUCCAGGUGGCUUAUUAUUUGUGAUGCAGACUGCGUUGAAGGCAACAAAACUAACUCAGCACAUUCGUCAUUAAAAUUGCCUUAAAAGGAAAAGGAUAUAUAACAGGCGACGUUUUGCGUCAUGUGUGAAAAAAUAUGGCAAACGGUGAGGUCAGCCCGGUAGUGGAACAGAGAGUAGUGACGAAGCAUAUUGUGCAUGAAGACGUCAAGUCAGCUGAGAUUCACAGGUGACACGCGGUGCAGUAUUGUAAAGGACGGACUUCUAACUUCUUAAUGGCACACACUGUUUAUUAUCUUCCUCUCACCCGUUACCCUGAGGAGACACAGCCUCCGGACCUUGCAGGCUAUCUAAUCUCCCUGCUAUCCCAGCGUCCUCUGGCUGGACCUAGGGGAUCUCUCCCCGACCACUGGUUACUCUGAGCCCUAGCCCUGAUAAGGGCUGGAGGGCUUGGUCCAGGGUCCUAGAUGUCUUCGGCCGACUUGGGUCUUCGUGUAGCAGAACUGGCCAAGAGCGCUCAGCGCUCUGGCUUUUAUACCUGUUCGUGGCCGGGUUGUCCAAUCCCCGGCCACCUUGUGGGACCCUCCGAUUGGUCCUUCCCAAUUUGGCGUUUGGAUCCUACCUCACCCCCUUUGACCCUGACCGUUUGAUUGAGCGGGAAAACCUUGUUUACGAUCCGCUCUCUCACAGUUUGCGAACAGCGAGUAGUUAACACCACUACACAUGUAACCGGAUCGGUUGAAGCUCUACACCAGCUUUUGGAAGUUCCCUGUGCGCGUGGCCACGCGAGAGUGAGUGCGUGCGCCACGGAGGUAGCGAGAGGAAUAAAGAAGGCAACGCUAGAGUACGACCAAAAAUGCAUUUUGACUUAUUGAUAGCCACCCCGAUGCACUCAAUAAAGAUCGCGGCCAAGAAGAGUGAGGCAUAAUGGGGAUGGGUUACACCAGUGGCGGCUCCUGCAAAAUCUCUCAGGGGGGGCAAAUGUCUGAAUGAUUGAUAAGGAUAAGGUCCACCCAUGCA